GUAAAACCCUUUCCAUCUCUUUCCUCCACUUGCCUCCGCCUUCAAACCCCUUUGGACCCAAAAGCCAAAAGUUUUGAUCUUAUGGGCCCAGAUCGAAUUUUUCUAUCAAAGUCAAAAACCCAGUAGGGUUUUGGUGAAAUCAGUGUGCAACGCUUGUUGAUUUUUUUUGAGCUGCAUUUGGGUUUAUAGUCAUGGCGAGGCGUCAUGGUUGGCAACUCCCUGCACACUCUUUUCAGGUGGUGGCAAUAACGGUCUUCUUCCUGCUGUCUAUUGCUUUUUAUGCAUUUUUCGCUCCGUUUCUUGGAAAAGAUAUAUAUGAAUAUGUGGCUGUGGCUGUUUAUAGUACUUUGGCCAGUACAUAUUCACUAUACAUUAUCUUCCAGGCACUUUCUGUCUUAAUUCUCUAUGUUAGAUGCACUGCGAUUGAUCCUGCUGAUCCUGGAAUCCUGAUAACCUGUGAAGGCCUACCGGGUUAUAAAUCACAGAGGGAUGAAAUAUCUCUACAAGAGCCCAGUAAGAUAGGAUUGAAGACUGAAGAAACAAUCAGAAAGCAUAAAUGUGUAACCUGUUCAGAAAUUGGAUGUUUUGUUUGUGCUUUAAUUGCAAAAGAAGAUUGCCGCAAAGAUGAUGAUACUGGCGAGCAACACGCGGGCAGUGAGGAGGCAUUAUUCUGCACGUUAUGUAACGCUGAGGUGCGCAAGUUCAGCAAACACUGCCGAAACUGUGACAAAUGUGUAGAUGGAUUUGAUCAUCAUUGCCGGUGGUUAAACAAUUGCGUCGGGAGGAAAAACUAUAUCACAUUUAUUUUCCUUAUGGGCAUGAGCAUUGCUUGGCUAGCUGUUGAAAGUGGUGUUGGUAGUGCUGUCUUUGUCCGAUGCUUCACCAACAAAAGGGCAAUUGAAAGUCAGAUAACUAACAGACUAGGGGAGGGUUUCUCUCGAGCUCCUUUUGCUACCAUUGUGGCCCUAUUUACAACACUUUCAUUUCUGGCUAUUUUUCCUCUCGGGGAGUUGUUCUUUUUCCACAUGAUACUGAUCCGAAAGGGCAUCACUACGUAUGAGUAUGUUGUUGCAAUGAGAACCCAGAGCGAACCACCGGGCCCAUCUGUGAACGAUGACCCUCAAAGCCUUGCUUCUUCACCAAUGAGCUCUGUCAUAACUGCGAUAAGUGGUAGCUCUCUCGGUCUUCAGUACAGAGGCAGUGGUGCAUGGUGCACGCCCCCAAGAAUAUUUAUCGAUCACCAGUUGCCUAUACUGCAGGACGAGAUAAUCCCACACUUGGAACCAAACCGAGUCCCUUCAACUGUAGACCCUGACGCCGUCAAUCCAUUCAGAGGAGGGAAGAAACAACCAAAACGACCAGUUCGCAUCAGUGCCUGGAAACUCGCGAAGCUCGAUUCAAAUGAAGCCGUUAAGGCUGCAGCAAAAGCAAGAGCAUCUUCUUCGGUGUUGAGACCUAUUGGCUCUCGAGCUAAUUAUGACACCGAUCAUUACUCCACUGGAAACGCCAGCAGCCGAAGCAGCGCAACUGCAGAUAUUGGGUCCCACGGGGAUACUCGAGCGGGAACACAGCGAUCUUCUCCCUUGAGGAGCCCUUAUCCACAGACGCCGAGCACUUUAAGCAGUCCUCGUCAUCCUAGCGCCCUAAUUUCUGCAUCGGAUCAACGGCUUUUCAACCCAAUAUAUCAGACGUCAGCGAGUCGUUCUCCUUGGUCGGUGAGAACCAACGAUGGGGAAGAACCUGAUGCUAGAUUGAGGAGCGUUGCGAAUACAAUGAGUAAUUUGAGUUCAUCGGUUUAUUGGGAUCAGGAAGCUGGCCGGUUUGUGUCAUCCCAGAACAAUUCUGCGUCAUCGUCUAGGGUUAGGGUUGGAAAUCAGACCGAGCUAUUGUAUACUGGGCAGUCGAUAUUUUUCGGCGGUCCUCUCCUUGGUGGAGGCACUGACCGGAGUUUACAGCGGCAAAAUGGAGCAGGAGGAGGAGGAGAGAGUGGGAGGGGAUCUCAGCAGCUCCCUGUGUUUCUUCCCAGGGAUCCCCAAGAUUACAUUUCAAGGUUGCCGUGAGAAAUUGAGGGGAGAAGCAGCACUUUUUUUCUUUUUUCUUGAAUAAUUUGUUAGAUUAAGAACGUUUCUAGUUUCCACUAGCUUUGAAUCAAUGUACAUAAUUUCCUCUC